UGCCUCUUUGGUUCUAUUUUAAAAUGUACCUUGUGCUAAACGCGGACACGUUUAAUCAGUGGCGCACUCAUUCAAUGGACUGUGAUGACAGCGUCAUGUUCUGUCCUCUCUGGGUGCAGUGAAGACACUCAAUCACUGUCACCUCACUCACGCCUGCUGCAGUGAUUGGUGAACAGUGUUACAUAGGAAAGCAUUGCAGGGGCCAAGCUUGUCAGGCAGAUCAUACUGGCACAUCCUGUGAGUCUGAGGUAGAGACUGAGAGACAGAUCUAGACAGAGACAGGUAUAGAUAGGUCAUAAAGAGAGACUGACGAGGAGAUUGAGAGACAGAGGGGCCGGAGAGCGAGACACAGGGAGAUGGAGAGGGAGACAGUCAGGCAGAGACAGCAAUAAAUUGAGAGCGGAAGUGAGACAGACAGGAGACAGCAGACAGAAUUUGAGACAGAAAGGGAAAAAAGGUUGAUAGAGAGAGACAAGGUUAUAGAAAGCAGCAGGGUCAGGAACCCAGGUAGUGAGAACCCAGGUAGUAAGACUGAGAAAAUACAUCUGAGACUGGGUGAGACACAAAACGAGAGAAAAAGAUAACAGCAUAGCAACAGGCAGUGUCAGAAGAAAAACAUCACAGACAAUAAAAAGAGACAACACAGUGACUGAUUCUAAAACAGAGGGGAGGGAAAAAGGGAAGCUAGGAAAAACAAGGGGGAGAGGGGUGACAAAGAAGACAUCUAGAUAUACGAUUACAAUAAUAUCAAAAUAAAGAAAGGGAAGGCAAAUACAAAUGAGAUAGGUGGAAGUGAAAGAUAGGGCAGCAAAGAGACUGUGGGCGAAAGAGUAAAAAAGGGACACAGAAAGUGAAAUAGAUUGGACAAAGGGCUUGCUCUCAGAGAAAGCUGGAAGCAGUAAGAAAGGGAAGGAGGCAGCGGGAUAAAGAGCACAAGGUGCCUGUUUAAUUUAGUGACAUUGGGGAGUGGAGCAGGUUGUGUCUUUCUGGUUUGUCUGGGGCUUCUGUCUAGAUUUAGAGGGUGAUGGCAUUGAUCCCUCAAACAGCUGGAGUCUUGUUCAAAACCAUUCGGGUCCUGCUGCCCAACCAGGUUCGCAAGAGGAGCAAACGCAACCAGCCUCGUCACAGCACUAAAGCACUAAAGCAACGUUUCCUGAAAAUCUUACCUUGCUGUCGGCCUAGGCUGGUCCCCUCACUCAGUGAAUACAGCAUUGAGGAUGAAUUUGAACCAUCCACAGUGUGUCACCGACCUGAAGGCCUGGAACAGCUUCAAGGGCAAACGAAGUUCACCAAGAAAGAACUCCAGGUCCUCUAUCGGGGCUUCAAAACUGAGUGUCCCAGUGGUGUUGUUAAUGAAGAGACAUUUAAACAGAUUUAUUCCCAGUUCUUCCCUCAAGGAGACUCCAGCAUGUAUGCACACUUCCUGUUCAAUGCCUUUGACACAGACCACAAUGGCUCUGUCAGUUUCGAGAACUUUGUGACUGGUUUAUCUGUCAUUCUCCGUGGGACUAUUGAUGACAAACUUAGCUGGGCAUUCAACCUGUAUGAUUUAAAUAAAGACGGCUGCAUAACCAGAGAGGAAAUGCUGGAUAUUAUGAAAUCCAUUUACGACAUGAUGGGAAAGUACACCUACCCGACAGUGAGGGAGGAAUCACCACAGGAACACGUGGAAACCUUCUUCCAGAAAAUGGACAAGAAUCGAGACGGAGUUGUCACCAUUGAGGAGUUUAUUGAAACCUGUCAGAAGGAUGAAAAUAUCAUGAAGUCAAUGCAACUUUUCGAGAAUGUUAUCUAGAGGUCAGAGGUUGACCUAACUCCUUGCCCUCCUUCUUUGGCAGUCGCCUUGAUUGAAAAACUUUUACUCAGAUCCUGGAUUUGUCCACUGGGCGCCUACACCUUCUCCUAUCAUAACUCAUGUGGUUGUGGUGGGAGGAGCUGGAUUGUAGGUCUUUCUGAAAUGCACCUAGAGAGGGGAGGAGAAAAGGACCCAUGCAACACACACUUUGUACUUUUCUCAGAACCCAAGAACUGCUUGAGAAUGUGAAGGGUGUGGCAUCAACAAUCUUCCUGGAAACGUGGCAGUGAGAUUCACAUGCCAAGAUACACACACCGAACACAGGCUGCUCUUCACAGCAUGUUACUAUAACAAACUAUUAGCAUCUGUAUACAAUAAUACCGGAUAUAUGGUACCAAAAAUAGUAAAAGUGCUAUCUGUGUUCCAUCCGUCAUCUGCUAGAAAACGCUGGGCCCACUGACCAAAAUCUUCUCUUUGCCAAAAGGCUUUACUACCCUUUCAGCUCUCCAAUAACAUCCCAACUGGUCGAAUCAAAAUGGCAUGCAGAAGUAUAGACAGAGCUUUACUCUGUAUCUAUCCGUGCACUGUAACUGCCCUGGGAGUGUUUGAUGAGGACAGUGUAGAGGGAACUUUACUCUAUACCUCACCCUGUGCUGUAUCUGUUCUGAGAGCCUUUGGUUGGGUCAGUGUGUAGGGAGCUUUACACUUAAUCUGGCCCCAUCUUAUGCUGCUCUGGGGGUACGGGGACAGUAUUGAGAGAGAUUUACUCUGUAUCUAACACCAUGCUGUCCCUGUCCUGAGAGUAUUUGAUGAGUACAUUGCAGAGACAGCUUUACUCUGUAUCUAACCCUGUGCUGUAACUGCUCUGGGUGUAUUUGAUGGGGAUGAUGUAAGGGAACUUUACCCUGUAUCUAAAUCCAUGCAGUAAGUGCUCUGGAAGUGUUUGAUGGGUGACUGUAGAGGGAGCUUUAUUCUGGACCUAACCCUGUGCAGUAACUGCCCUGGGAGUGUUUAAUGGGUCAGCGUAUAGGGAGUUUUACUCUAUAUCUAACCUUUCUAGUGAGUUGGUUGGGGAGAAUGUUACUGCUGACAUUUGGUAUUUGGUGCUUAAAUAAGUAAGUGCUUCCAUCUCCUACAAGAACAACCCUGCCAUUUUAAAAAAUGUUUAAUCGGACAUUUCUGUACAUUCUGACAAUUUCAGAUUUGUCUCAAAUUUACAUAUGAUUUCAAGAUCUCUCAAUGAUUAUUUGCAGCGAGGCUUCACCAUAUCACCGGUGGUGUCUAGCAGGGUUGGAAUCAGUGGUCUGCUGAUUCACAAUAACUGCCAAUGAGAACACUGACUGCAUGAAGGCCGGUUGAAAAAUAGAGCAAUAUUGUUCAAUAUUUACAUCAAUAUAGAAAGGAAAUUGGUUCAACAUUGGAUGAUCAUUACUUGUGGAAUGUAUAAGUUAAUGUUACUACAACAACAGCUUACGCAUAUAGCGCAUUUGACAAAGUGAAAAUCUCAAACAAAUUGACCUGGAGCCACAAUAAGAGACUAUAGGAUAAGGUCAUGAGGAGUUUUCGAGGACAAUUUUAAAAGAUUAAAGGGAGUGAGGGUGAGUUUUGAUGAGGGUCAUCCAAGGCUUAGGGCCAAGGUGGCUGAAUUCACAGCUAUUCAAAUGAUGGGAGAGUUAGAAAACGAGGGAUAUCCAAAGAGUGUAAAACUGGAGGAAUGUUGGUAUAGUAGAGGGUGGGAAGGGAUUACACAGAUAGGAUGGGUCAAAACCAUAAAAGGAUUUGAACACAAGGUUAAGAAUUUCUCACUUGGCAUGAAAAAUGAAAGAGAUACCUUUAAGAGACAGAAGCCUUAGUCCACCAAUCCAAGAAAAGGUUGGAUAGAAUGGAUAUUAAGCGGGCCUAGUCUCAGAGUGUACCAAAGGCACUAUUAAGCUCUAUCAAUGCUCCUGCCAGUACUUACUUAGUUUUUCCAGGGGAGAUGAAAGAAAGGAGAAAAAUCAAAUCAUCACAGGCAUGUGGCCUGACGUAGACUGUCAUUGGCCCAAUCCUGCACCUACCAGUAAGCAACAGGCAAACUCUACUUCUCAAAUGUCAGGCAGAGAUUAAUGGCAGAGACUCAUAGCGUUUACCCUUACCACUGACUUUCCAAAUGACAGAAGUGAUAAUGGCUGAAUGGGGUAAGUCAUUGCCUGUUGUGAGUGAAUAUGAAUCUCAAUGGAUACAAUUUAACAAUGGCACCGUUAGAAGGAGAUGUCACAUAAAAGAAAAAUAUGUUGCCAAAAGUUUUGUUUUGUCUUAUAUUCAUUAGGACAAAUGCAAGAAUGCCAAAUUCUCCCCCUCCAUGGCAACACCUCAGCUAAUAAAAGAUGACUAGCCAAUCAAUCAAUACUUUUUUUUCUCUUGCAGUGUAAAUUGUUGUGAUAGUUUGAAAACUGGCAUUCUUCCAACUGUCCCAAUGAAUAAAAAAAGAGACAACUUCGUAUGUAGACAGACCGACAAGGGGAGAGGCCAUUUUGGAUUUGGUGCUUA